AGCAGCAAGCUACUACCGGUUUCAAGUAUAUCGAGUCCGUCGAAUACAUUUGAGUAUUUUUCAACAAUCCCCUCUGGAGAAGAGAGUGUAUACUCGGAUAUAUAACCGAUUGACUUGAUUUUCAAGUGUUAUUUGCAUUAAGAAAUGAUGACCGAUAUUCUGGAACUGUUACAAGAACCACGAAUGACGAAAGUCUGCGCUCCCAUGGUUAGAUACAGCAAAUUGCAAUUCAGGACAUUGGUUCGCAAAUACAAUUGCGACUUAUGCUUCACCCCGAUGAUAAUGGCUGAUUCUUUUGUGCAAUCUGCAAAGGCUCGUGACAACGAAUUCACUACACACAAAGACGACGUACCACUGAUCGCUCAGUUUGCAGCAAAAACAGUUGGCGAUUUCGUUGGGGCAGCUGAAAUGGUCGCACCGUACGCUGGUGGGGUGGAUCUAAAUUGUGGAUGUCCACAGCGGUGGGCUGUGAAAGAUGGAUAUGGUGUGGACUUGUUAACCAAGCCUCAGCUGGUGAAAGACUUAGUACUACAAGUUCGAAAUCGAAUACCUCACCCUUUUACAGUGUCCGUCAAAAUUAGGCUACUGAAAGAAAUUCAUAAGACUGUAGAGUUUUGUCAGACAUUGGAAAAAGCAGGUUUAUCUUUUAUCACUGUUCAUGCGAGGACACCACAAAUGCGUAACGAACCAAUUGAUCUUGAGGGGUUGAAACUUGUCCGAGACUCUAUCAAGCUGCCUUUGAUUGCUAAUGGAGAUGUUAAGAGUUUAAAAGACGCAAAAUAUAUGUAUGACAAUGUCCAAUGUCAAGGUAUCAUGUCUGCAAAUGGAAUUUUGAGUAAUCCAGCUCUCUAUUCUGGGUUUUCAGAAACGCCAUUAGCUUGUAUCCAAGACUGGUUAGACAUUACUUCGAGCAUUCCAACACAUUUUUUAUGCAUGCAUCAUCAUUUGGUAUUCAUGCUUGAGAAGAUUCUUCCCAAAAAAGAAAGAUGCUAUUUUAAUAAUUUACAAACCAGAGAGUCCGUUUUUGAGUUUAUAGAUAAUUAUUAUGGUAUGAAACCAAUGACUAGUAUUGAAAGGAGCAAACUAAUUGAAUGUCAAUAUGAUACUAGGCCAGGUAAAUAUUUCAAAGAAGUUUUGAGUAAUUGUGAUAACGAAAUUUCGGAAGAUUUUAUGGAGAAUAUAUUCUUAGAUAUAUAAUAUGCGUUAAAGUCGGAUCAAUAGGAAUCAUAAAGUACUUGUGGCAUGUGUCUUGAUAUAUUAUUUUUGUACCAAAAUAUCAUUCCUAAACCUGUUUUCAUUUCAAUAA